AUGUCUGUCGAGCAGCAGGAACAGGCAUUCAAGCCAUCCAAGCUCGGCACAAAGGCACACUGGGAUGAGUGCUACGAGAGGGAAUUGGUCAAUUGGCGCGAGUGCGAGGAAGAAGGCGAGAUAUGGUGAGCAUACACGCACGACGCGAUUUUCUUCCAUGUCUCGAGUUCGUUGCGUGGGUGUACCUCGCUCUGCCCGUGUAACGCAUGGCUGAGAGCUAUGAUCACUGUAACUGCCAUACCCAACGACUCAGGUUCGGCCAGCAAGCUGCACGACGAAUGGUGUUGCAGCUCAAACAGCUCCGUCUGAGCAGCCCGACGAUCCUAGACUUGGGCACGGGAAACGGGAUGCUCCUCCACGACGUUCUCGACGAAGAAUUGACGGAGCCGGAAAAGUCGAUGGGUGUGGACUAUUCGGCGGCAUCUAUCGAGCUAGCUGGUUCCAUCGCGCAAGAACGGGGGAGAGGGCUGGAACGGGUGCGAUGGCAAGUGCUGGAUCUCGUUGGUGACGAACAGUCUGUGGGAGCGUGCGGGCAGUGGGAUGUCUUGUUGGACAAGGGUACAGUGAGUGGGAGCAUACUUUGGUCAAGGAGCACUCAGCUGCAGGGUAGCAGCAUCCCACUGCUUGCGAAGAUUGCCUAACGGGCUCGCAUGGUGUAUCCACUCAGCUCGACGCCAUCGCCCUAUCCGCUCACUCCGAAGCAGCGAUCACCGCCUACGUUCGAUCCACGAGAAAAUUACGCAGUCCUGCAGGAGUGCUGAUCCUCACAUCAUGCAAUUUCACACUGGAAGAACUGAAGCGCCUCUUCACGCAAGACCAAAGCAUGGGAGAUGAAGACGAAGUGGUGGAGAGCAAUGUGGCUGCACCUCCCACUUUCAGCUUUGGCGGUCGAACAGGAAGCACCACGACAGUCAUCAUGGUGCGAAGCAAGUCGCCGGGCAGAUGA